AUGUGUAAAAAACGUGGUCUAAAUAUCAAUGAUCUCCCCAUUGAAUUACUCAUUGCUAUCUUUUCCGAACUUGAUCCCGUGUAUCUCAACAUAAUGAGACUAGUGUGCAAGAAAUGGAACUUUGUCAUAAACGAUCGCGAAACAUGGACUAAUGCAUUCACCAACAAGUUUCACACACCCAAGAUUUUCCCGUCGUUGUCGCUGAAUUGCAUGACUGAAUACUUUAUGCGUUUGAAUGUGGCAAAGAACUGGAAAAAGGGCCACGCCACCCACUCGUUCUACCAGUUGAUCAAUAACGAGUACAGGUUUAAUGACUUGACAAGAUGCGAUUUCAAACAGGAUAGAAUUAUGAUUUUCCUGAAGCGCCAUGGCAACAUUACCCUGGGGAACUUGCACAGCGGCAAGAAUCAAAGCUUUAUACCGGGUGGAUCAAACCUAAAUAUUACUUCUCUGUGCAUGAAUGGAAAUUAUUUAUUGACGGGGAAACUAAACGGAGAAGUUCAUUUGAAAAAUUUGGUAACUCUGACUUCGGUCACCAGCCGUUCAAGCUAUCAAGUGUUUGGAGAACCCAGCGAUUCUCCCAUAAUGUGUGUUUGCAUGAAUGACUAUCCUGAUAAGUUCAAGAGUAAAGUUGAUGCAAUCAGUGGUGGGUACAAGGGCGAUUUAAAGUGCUGGAAUUUUCAAGGAAAACUCGUGAGACAGUUUCAAUUUGAACAAGAGGUUGUUUACAAUGUUUUGUCCGAUUUCCAGAAAUACAUAAUAUUAAACACUGACAAAAGAGUUGUUAUUAUAGACUACCAGAAGUUGGAAAUAUUGAAAGAAUAUGAUAUGGGGUUUACCAUUGUAAACACUCAAGACCCAAACACUGCAAGUUAUUACGACCAUCUAAUUCACUACAAAAACAAAUUAGACAUUGAUUAUUCCGACAAGAACAUUAUACUAUGCUACGACACAAACAUCAAAGUGUUCAAUUUUGAAACAGGAAUAGAGCGACAAUUACAUGUAAAUGUGCCGAUUGUUAAAUCGUACCUACAAACAUGUUCUGAAUCUAAACUACUAGCGAGCCGAAAUAGAAGCAUAAUCGGCGGAGAUGGGUUACUUUAUGUCAAUCUUCUUGCUGAUGAGAGUGUGAUUAUAUGGAACAUACGUGAUGACAGUCGAGAAAUCGAACCAAUCGUACACAUACAGCCAUCAUUAAAUUAUAUGAAAUAUUCACCAAUGAUACACGAUGCCAUAGUACAACGCGAUCUACCAUUUGUGGUUGAUGUAGCUGUUACAAGUACUGUGCUUGCGGUGUGUGGUUACAAUGGUCUUUGUAAUAUAUAUGACGUGUACACCGGGAAGUAUCUUCGUGAGAUAUCGCUCAAGUUUCCAAAGAAGUUUGAACACAUGCACGAUCGUCUUAUUGGUGAUGUAUACAUCAAGUUAAACCCCAAUCAGUUGGAUUGUAAUGGGGUGAUUGUUUGUGGUGAUACUGUACAAUACUUUCAAUUUGGAGAUUUGCAACCGGAUACUGUAAAUAAGCCGAAAAAGCAAAAACUGGUAAAUUUGGGUAUUCAUAGUAAACACGAAUCGAAAAAGAAAAUCCAGGAAGGAAUGGACGAAUAUCACACUCAGCAAUACCAGCAGAGGAUGAAACAAGCUUUGUUGGACAAGUAUAACGGAACACUCUAUGAUGAUGAAGAUGAAGAAUUGUCGAUUGCGUUGGCUAUAAGUGAAAGUUAUCACAACAGUACUGGUGAUGUCAGCCAGCUAGAAGAAGAAGAAGGAGGAGUAGGAGAAGAUUAUGAAGAGCAAAGGCGAGAGCAAGAAGUUGAGCAGGCACUUGAUGAAGAUUUGCUAUUAGCAAUCGAAUUGUCGAAGCAAGAAGAGGAGAACAAGAAAAUCGUAGAUCAGAUAAUCAAUGGGCCGGUUGAAAUGAGUAGCAGUCAACACGCGAUGCUAAAUGAUGAAGAAAUCGAUGAAGAGCUACGAAGAGCGUUGGAAUUAUCAUUGAUUGAGCAUUAA